CUAAGGGAUGAGUGAGUCGGAGCUCGGUCUCUCCCCAGCAAGUUCUCAGCCGCUCCCGGUUCAGACCCAAACAGGGAGCCCCGAGCGGGGCUCACCAUCCCCCGAAGGGCAGGACUCCGGGGCAGUCGAGCGCUCCCGCGUGUCGGGCGCUCGGAGUCCCCGCAGCCGGAGAGGGGCCAGGGCUCUAGAGCUCCGGGGGUGCCUGUGGAAUCCAGCGCCUCUGGCUUCCCGGGUCCCCCGCAGCGGAGCCCCAGGGAGGCCCUCAGCCCGGGACCGCCGCGGAACAAGAUUGAGAUUGAGAACCGAGGGCAACUACCACAAUGGGCAGCAAAACCUUGCCAGCACCAGUGCCCAUUCACCCGUCUCUGCAGCUCACCAACUACUCCUUCCUUCAGGCAGUGAACGGCCUGCCCGCCGUGCCCUCGGACCACCUGCCCAACCUGUACGGCUUCAGUGCCUUGCACGCCGUGCACCUGCACCAGUGGGCGCUGGGCUACCCUGCCGUGCACUUGCCUCGCUCCUCUUUCUCCAAAGUGCCUGGCGCUGUGUCCAGCCUGGUGGACACACGCUUCCAGUUGCCUGCCUUUCCCUGGUUUCCUCACGUCAUCCAGCCGAAGCCCGAGAUCACCGUGGGAGGCAGCGGCCCCUCCGCGCUCAAGACCAAGCCACGCUUUGAUUUUGCCAACCUGGCUUUGGCUGCCACGCAAGAAGAUCCAUCCAAGCUUGGCCGGGGGGAGGGCCCCGGGUCCCCCGCUGGUGGGUUGGGUGCCCUCCUGGAUGUAACCAAGCUGUCCCCAGAAAAGAAGCCCACAAGGGGACGCCUGCCUUCCAAGACCAAGAAGGAGUUCGUCUGCAAGUUCUGUGGCCGCCACUUCACGAAGUCCUACAACCUCCUUAUCCACGAGCGGACGCACACGGAUGAGCGGCCCUACACCUGUGACAUCUGCCACAAAGCCUUCCGGAGACAAGACCACCUACGGGACCACAGAUAUAUUCACUCCAAAGAGAAGCCUUUCAAGUGUCAAGAGUGUGGGAAAGGAUUCUGCCAGUCCAGGACUCUCGCUGUCCACAAGACGCUACACUCACAGGUGAAGGAGCUCAAAACCUCCAAGAUCAAAUGCUAAAGAGAGCCUCUGGGUCACCAGUACCCUGGGUCACGCUGCCCCCUCGUCCGGAGGGACCAGAAGCCGAAGGCGACUCCGGCGGGCAGCAUGAGGGGUUCCCGGGAACUUUCCCCAUCCCAGACUUGUCCCCUGGGUCCCCGGCGCACGCGGAACUAGAGAGCCCCGCCACGAGCCGUGACCCCAGCCGCCCGGGCGGCUCCCCCAGGACGCGGCUAAAGUCUUGGCCAAAAGGCGGUACUCACGUGGCGGAAGGGAAACUGCAUUUAAAAAAAGAACGAAAGCUCCGCGGAGCCGUAGCGGCGCCUCUCCCAGAAGUAUUACUUUUUCUAUUGUUAUUUUAUACGUUUUCUUUAUUAUUUUUUUCUUUGACCAUAUAAGCUUGUAACUCUGCCUGCGGAGAGAGAGGGGAGAGGGAAAGGAGUUCUGCGCCUUCGCAGCUCCCACCUCCCCCUCCCGUCCCCAUCCCCACCCCCGGGAGCCUGCAAAAGUGUAAUCCGUGUAUCAGCUUCAGCAGCCCGGCCCUGGGGCCGCGGGGCCGCGGA